AUGGACCCCCUCAGUGUAACCAACUCCAUUGCGGGACUUGGGAAGGCAGCGGCGGAACUCGAGAAAGUCAUUAGAGAAUAUGUCGAAGGCGCAACCAAAAACGUCCCAGACGUUCUGGUUCAGUUGCUCAAGAAUAUCCAGGCUACUGGGCAUGUGCUCUCGCGCCUCGGCAGGACAGUAAAGAAGCUUGAUAUCGUCAAGCCAUCCCAGUUGCAAACCCACCAGAUUGUCGCAGUACUCACCGAUGGCGUCAUUAUCUUCUCAGAGCUGGAAACAGCAGCCCAGGAUAUUGAAUGUCCUCCGUUGGCUGAUGUCAAGCUGCCAUUGAAGGCGCAUCCGGAUUGGCCGGUCAAGCAGAAAAGGUUAGAACUCUUGCAGAAAAGGCUUGCCGCAUUUGAGCAAUCUACCUCCAUGAUUCUUGCCAUCCUGCGAUCAGAUUCACAUUUUGAGGGCGCUCAACAUCGUAUCCAGCUCACAACCAAUGUGGAUAGUCUGAUGGACGAGAACUUCGAUGUCAUGCGCCGUAUCUUGGCCGCCGACAAUAGUUUUGAUAUAGAGAACCUAAGAGCAAAAAAGGGCUACCUCUCUUCGAGGAAACCCGAUGAUGAGAAUUGGCCAUUGCCAGCGUCACCCAUCACCCCCUCAAGGCUCGAUUCGUUCACAGACCUUGGUUCAGCUCUACCUGGACUUGAAGACCAGUCACGAUCUGGGUUUUUGUCUCCCAUCUCAACCUCAUCGUUCAAUUUCGAAGCAGACCUUGCUUACUCUGGCCCCUACCGACGCGCAAACCGAGAGUCCAUGGACUUCUCCAUGCGCAGCUCUUUCCGAAGGCCUUGGUCCUCGUUAUCUGACUCUAGCCAAGGGCAGGCGUCUGUGAUAUCCGUUAUUGCACUCCCACUGUUCGCUGAUGAUAUUACAAACCCUCAGCAUUACAACUUUAGCUCCCCUCCGUCUUAUCCACCUCCCCCUUACAGUCCAAUUGCGACAGUGGGCGAAGGCUCGCGUACAGGUUUUGCUUUACCAACAGUCGUUGAGCUAGUCGAUGAGCCUCCUGUCACUCCCGUACCAUCAAUUACUUCACCUACUCGCGAGCAAAUACUUGUUUCUGGCUUGGAGAUAUUACAUCGAAUGUAUUGCCAUGGCACAUCUAUCUUUCACAACUGCCUCGCCAUCAAAUCACAGCUAUACCAGCUUCUCGGGUUUGCCGAAGCCAUAUCAUCAUAUGCCUUCGAGUUGAGAGCCACUAACCCAAUGGAAGAACUCGUCUCAAUUUUCCGCGAGGGGUGGCCGCUUUUCUGGCUCUUCAAUAAGCUUGAUUCUCGCUUCAAGGUGGUCGCACCAAAACCUGGGGGCGUUCCAUACACCGUACCGCUAUUCUUCAAGCUAUGCAAAGAGUUUGGCUUUGACAUAUACGAGUUCUUCACCCUUGACGAUUUGAUGGGAGAUGAUUAUCUUGGUUAUCUUAGAUUUCUCUCAGGAAUUGAGCUAGUAUUAUCCCAACUCAUGUCUCGAGGAUUGGUCCGCCCCGUCGUCCGCAGAGAAUUCAAUUUACCUGAAAUCACAGAAAUGACACCGUUGCAAGCUCAUCUUGAGACAUUCGUCAUUCAACAGAGAAGGUACUUUCUCGACUUGGGAGAUCUGCUGGAGAUCAAGGAUGUGUUGCAGGAGGCCGAACCACUCUCCCAUAAGCUCCUCACAGCAUUCGAAACGCUCAAAAUCAUCAUCCACUUCGAGGCUCGCUUCUUACUUGACAUUGAAGCACAAAUCACCAAGCCACGCAAAUCACAGGAUUGGGGUACUCCAUUCCUCACAUGGGCUGAGGGUAGCGAUACCUACGCCGAGUUCAUUUCCCUAGAGGAUGAUAAUGCAAGAGAGCUGAGGCAGCGCUCACAUAGGCUAGACAGUUCAGAGCAGCAAAGCGAGAGGAGCACUGUGAUGAAGUGCGUUCGGCGUAUUAUGACGCUGCAUGAUCAGCUCCGCAAGUACCAAGAUUUCUUCCGUGAGUUUGAUCUAAUGCCCACCGACGAGUUCCAGCCUUGGCAGGUGGAAAACAUCGCAAACGGGAAAGUUGCCGUCAAGAACGUCUUAGAGAAGGCAUAUGAGGCGACAGAAAAGGCAGAUAUGCGUGAUGCCCUGGCUGAUCUGAAGUCCCGCAUGGUGGAUUGGAGGGGCUAUCGCAUUGAUAAUUUUGGCGAACUUAUUGCCCACGACUCGCUGAGAGGGCGAUCCGACAACAGAGCGAAAGACACAACUAAGACCUAUAAGGUGUACCUGUUCGAGAAGAUUUUCUUAUGUGUGAGAGAAGUUGAUGGUCCUGCUGGAAAACGCGUGCUGGCACUGCGUGGACGGAUUUGGGCCAGGGAUAUAAAAAAAAUUGACAGCAGCAUAGAUGGCCCGCUUGCCUUUAGGAUACAUUGGAGCGGCGAUGAGGGAACUGAUAUUCUGACUCUUCGUUUUCGAUCGCGAGGUCAGAAAGAGAGCUGGUGCUCGAAGAUCCUGCGCGUCCAGGAAAUGUCGGCAAACAUCCGUUAG